AUGACUGUUUCAUCCUCAUCUGUGCUUCUAAUCUUCAUCAUCGCCGCCGUUUUGCUUCACAUCGGUGAAGCGUAUACGGAAGUCCAUCUUAACUACUAUCAAGCCCCCAGCAGUCCACAAGGCUACAUAGGUUAUGGCGGAACUGUGUGUAGUUUGAAGAACAGAGAUAUCCCUUUUGCCAAUAUUUCAAGUAUAGAUCCUGACUUGGAUUGCCAAGAGAAGAAAAGAGAAUGUCACCAAUUCGUUGGCUGUUUUGGUGGUAACGUCCAGUGUAAGGUCAAAUCCGAUUACUCAAAUCCAGUAUCCUGUGAAAAGGUGAAGCGUAUAUGUGAAGUAAGUCUAGAGGGCGAAUUAGCUUAUGGUACCUGUAAAAAGGUUUCAAUACCUCCAGGCGAUUGCUGUUAUGUGUUGAAAGAUCGUGUAACUGGACUAUGGCAAAAGGAACGCAAUUCAAAGUGUCCUUGGGGUUGCUUUGGGGUCAUCUCGGAGCCAUUCACUCAAUGGUGCAAAACGUGCACAUGUGACAAGGGGGAUAGCGGUACCGGUCAAGGUGGUGGCAAGUCAUUUUCUGACCUGUGUUAA